UUGGUAACGAACAGAAGCGUUCAUGAUCCAAGGGAUGAAAUUCCAAAACCAACACUUGCAUUGGAGUAUACUUUUGGAAGAAGAGCAAAAGGGCACAAUACACCCAAGGACAUUGCUAAUUUUUGGGAACUAGGUGGUGGAACUUCACUGUUGGACCUGAUUCCCAUACCUAUAACUACUGCUAAUAUAAGGACAGUUGCUAUUGUUUUGGUUUUGGAUCUUUCAAAACCAAAUGAACUCUGGCCAACUAUGAAUAUUCUUCUGCAAGCCACAAGGAAGCAUGUAGACAGAGUUAUAACAAAACUGGGACAAACCAAUCCUAGAGCAGCUGCUGAUAUUAAACAGAAAAAGUGGAACAAUUUGCCAAAGGAUCAUCCAGAUCAUGAGCUGAUUGAUCCAUUUCCAGUUCCACUAGUUAUAAUUGGAAGUAAAUAUGAUAUGUUCCAUGAAUUUGACUCUGAGGUGAAAAAAAUAAUAUGCAAGACACUUCGAUUUGUUUCUCAUUACUAUGGAGCAUCUUUAGUGUUCACCAGCAAAUCUGAAGCUCUCCUGUUGAAAACACGCACUCUAAUUAACCACCUGGCCUUUGGGUUCGAUAGAAACAAAUCCAUGUCAGUGGAUCAGAAUAAACCACUCUUUAUUCCUGCAGGAAUGGACUCUCUUAGUCAAAUAGGUCCCCCUCCUGCUGCUGAUAUUGAUAUUGGAAAGUUGCAUGCACAGACACCUAUGGAUCUAUGGAAAAAGGUAUUUGAGAAAGCAUUUCCAGCAAAGAAUAUUGGUGUUUUCAAAGAAGUCAAGGACCCAGCUCAGGAUCCACAAUAUGCAGAGUAUGAAGUCGAUGCCAUGCGAGCUCAGAAGAACCAGGAGCUAGAACAGUACAAAAGAAAUGCCUCCAAAACCUGGAAAGAAAUGGAGUUUGAUUCUUGAAAAAGAUCUAUCUCUCAACAAGAUUUCAAUGCUGAUGCUGUAUUUUGUACAGUUAAGUUGAUUCCUGUAAGCUUUGUACACUUAUAAAAUGUGCAAAUGUUCUAAAUUUGUCAUUGUUAUUAAUUAUGAAUAAAGUGGGGAUUAUGCCUGAAUUAAACUCAUUAAGAGGAGAUUCAGAUGUUGCUUAAACAUUUUAGAAAUUAGCAUGGGUGCUAAGUGGUUUCUGGGGAAGUUCAGAAACUUUUCCAGAAGUUCUGAAAAAUAGCCUUAACAACCAGUUGCUGCUCCAUUCCUACCUUUAGUUCUGCUACAACACACAUACAAAGCUCAGGCUACCCCCUACAUUUCAGUGGAGGCAUAUUUAUGGAUCUGCUGCUUAUAAUAAUACUGCAGUGGAUCUUAAAAUUGGGCUAGAGCGAGGGAAUGGGAGCAGGCAUGGGGAAUGUGUGGGGCACCAGCUAUAUGUGUGGGGCACCAGCCCUAGCCAUUAGUGAGGGAUGGUUGCAGUUGCAUUUCAUAAAUUGUGGUAUGAUAUUUUUCCAGUUACAACAGACAUACCUAUACUUUGUCAGCAUAACAUAUAUAAGAUAAAAUACACAUUUUAAUUUAGACUAAUUUAAAGUGUAAGUUAUUGUACUAAAGCUUUUAAUUGCCAUUUCUUUAUAAAGAAUAUUUUUAUUUAAAAUUGAAGCACUCAUAAAUUUUUGCCAAUCUUAGCAAAAGAAUGCUUUGGAAUACAGCUAAGGAAUUUCAUGUUUAUAUAUAUCUUUACAGGUUGUUAUUUGGAACCCAUUAAACAUUUCAAAUUAGUAAAAGCAAA